AUGGCGUUCCGGCGCGGGAUGUUGCGCUGGAUACAUAGCCCCACACUUGCUAGUGCAAUUCGUGCUAGUAGUAGAGUCUCUUCUCUACCAGCUGAAGGUAUUCAUACUCGUCAGCUCGCAGUAUUGGCGUCAAAUGAUGAACAGGGAGAUCAUCAGCGUGCUCUCCUGGGACUUACCGAAGCUUCCAAGUUGUCUUGGAGAUUGCGCGCCGUCGUGAAGGAUGUGGAGCAGUCGUUGCCAUCCGAAAGAGGAAGACGGUUCUAUAAUCGUCGAGUGGUGGAAUCCUUGGAGCAGGGCGACCUCAAUCGCGCCUGGGCCAUCGUGGAGACGCUGCAUCAACGACACCCAGACAGGGCCGUGCUUUGGCCGUACACGUACAACCUGCUGCUACGUCACUAUUGCAGACAGCAGAAGACUCUGAUGAAUGCGAAUUUGACUCGCAUUCUGGCGCUACUGGACGUAAUGGUGGCUCAUGGGUGCGCGGACCAAACUAGCUUCGAAGUGGCCAUGGCAGCGUGUAGUCGAGCCCGACAUUUACGCAGUGCGAGACACGUAUUGAAUAAAAUGGAAGAGAAUGGACGAGAGCCUGACGCUAGGAUCUACGGCUUUUCGAUCAACUGUUGCGCCAGGAAACAAGGGCUCGUAAGCACAGCGGAAGAAUACUUCGACGAGAUGUUGGCUACUGGAGUGAAACCGACGAUUUUGGUGGUUAAUUCCUUAUUAAGAGUGUACUCGCGAGGCGUUGGGCGAUCAAAGGUGAUGCUAGAGCUAGUGAAACGUGCUCGGGAUGAGUUUGGCUUGGUUCCCAGUACUGUCACGACUCGGACGAUGGUGUAUUAUCUACUCUGUGAAGGUGAUGUGCAUAACGCCGUGGAGUAUCUCCGUAAUGUUGAGAAAGAGUUUGCACCUGUGGGAACGAUAAAGCUGCCGGUGACGCGCCAAGUGUUAAACUCACUGGUUGAUACUUGUCGCCAGCGAGGUGAUUGGAGCUCAGCGGAGUACGUGCUUAGUCUUGUGGCAAGGAUUGAUAAAGAAGAUGCAUUGGUUGUUGAGACUGAAAGAGAUGCACAAAAUACGAUACAACUGGAGAAGUUGGUUGCCAACCGCGACUGUAAAUCCCCACCCAUAGUCUGGGCUCUGGAUGAACAAAACUGGACGCGGAUGACACAGACACGCCAGGAAGAUUUCUUUCGGAAUCAAAGUCAGAAGCAAAACCUCGAACGCGCUGAAGAACGAAUGCAUUUACGUGCUUCUUCGUCUAGAACCGACCGAUCAAUCCAAAAGCAGUCUCUGAAACUUGAAGGAAAGCUUCGUCUUUUGGAUGGAAUAACUCGCACCGGAAACGCUAGUGCAAAUGACUUCAAUGCCGUGUUAGGUGCUUGCGGAAGACAGGGUCAAUUGGCCCAAGCUGUAUCUGUCCUUUCGAAGAUGAAAAAGUACGCCGAGUCUGUGCCAGAAUGUGCGCCGACGACGUGGAGCUACAACGCGUUGCUGAAUGCGUGCGCCGUUCGAGGGGAUACUCAAGAGAUUGAGGCAAUUGUGAACGAGAUGCUUGACAACGAUUUAAACCCUGACCAAGUCACCAUGAAUACGGUGAUAAAGGCGCAUAUCACAAACUUGAAGAACGUGGUUGGUGGGACCUCCCAGACGCGUGUGGACACCGUGAUGCAAGCGCUUUCAUUCUUUGAAUGGAGCACUGAGAAUCAAAAACUCGAGUCAGGAGCAGCGACGUAUUACUCGCUGUUUCGGUUGUUUGCUACGUAUUUAGAGACUCCUAACGAGGGCAAUACCAAUCUUGCUGAUGAUGGAAUUGAUGAUGACGUCGAGGAGAACGAUGAAGACUUUAUCAUUGGCCAAGAGGGAGAACUAGUGGCUUGGAUGUCCGAGUUUAUCACCACCACCUGUCGGGACGCACCGCUAUCAUCACUGGAUGUUGGAGUGUUUAACAAUGCAUUCGACUAUUAUCAUCGACUUGGAGACGUGGACGAAUCGUUUGCACUGUUUAACGUUAUGAAAGAGCGCGGAUUUCAGCCUGAUGACGCGACUCUCGGCUUGAUGUUUGCAACGUGUGCAGCCCAACAGCAAUUCGACGUGGGCUUGAACUUCCUGGAUCAUUUAAUGACCAACGACGGCUACAAACCCACGCUGAAGGUCCUCAGUGGAGCGAUGCAGCUGUGUGCAAACUCAAAGAACCCGGACGGAGCGCUAGAACUCUUUCGAGCUAUCGAGACGUCAGGUGCAUUCACACCUACAGUGGAAACCUAUGAACCCGUGGUCUUCGCGUACGCACGUGUCGGAAAUGUAACCAGUGCGUGGGAGAUGGCAAACAAGAUGGAAGAACAGCUCGGAAGAGUAUCGAUCAGCAUCUACAACCGGAUUUUGCUGGCGUGUGUGGAAGCCGCGCUCCCUGGACGUGCCCUGGAAGUUUUAGGGAUAAUCCGACACAAGGACGGAGUGACUCCUGACGUCAUUUCUUACAACACUGCACUCGAAGCUUUUGUUCGAGCUGGAGAGAGAGCUGCAUGGUGGCGGAAAAACAACAAUAACCAGGGAAAAGACAGUGAUGCAGAGUUUGAUGAUGAACUCAGGAGUAACGAGGAAGCUGAACUGGACAGUGACGACUCGGAUCAAACGCAAGCGACUCUAUCCCAGGAAAAUGAGACCCAGCAGCGUGAGAAGGCAGCGUGGGCUCGUGCUAGUGUGCUUGACCUACUGGAGGAGAUGCAGCGACGUCGAGUGAAGCCCGAUAUGACAACAUUUGAGCGUGCGAUAGCUGUGUGCAGCGUGAAUGAGGACUUUGAAGGUGUAGUCACUGUAUUUGACAAACUGGUUGAUCGCAAGCGGGGUAAAGAUGCCAUUAACCUGAGAAGUGACCUCGUGAGUGACUCAAGUUUGACCGCAUACCUUGUAGCAUGCACGUCAUUGCGAGACAGAGACCGCGUCGUUGAAGCCCCGAUACUUCUCCACAAAUGGCACACUGCUACUGGCCAAAUUCCACCAGAAUUUGUCGUGACGCAGCUGUUGGACUCGCUGGAGGUUCUGGGCGAAUGGCGCUGUGCUGUCCGGAUGCUCCCUGAUUGGCAAGCGCAGUUCGGGGUUUCACCUAGCGUUCAAGUGUUCAAUCGCGUGAUGCAGAUGUGCAAUCACGCAGGAGAACACCAACUUGUGGCACCAAUAUUCGCUACAAUGCAAGAUGCCACAGCUUACCGUGUCUACCCCGACGCAGAAAGCUACAUACAACGCAUUUCCGCCGAGGAACAACGUGAGAAUUGGGUGGCAGCUACCGAUCUGUUUGUCGAGAUGCAAAAGCGCUUUCCUAGCGAAGAGAUCUCGCAUCAGCAGCUUCAAAAACUCGCAUUGGGACGGUAUAGGUUGCGACAAAAUGAACAUUAG